AUGAAAAUCCCUUCAUCCCUCACAAUGUCAUCCAGAGGUGGAAUUUCUCCCAACAUUAGUGUAUCUGUACUCCAGGACUUACUCAGUUCCCCCUUGCCCUCACCCUCCACUACCCCUCCAUCUCCAUCUUGCAGCAUAGAUGAGUCCUACAAGUACAUCUUUCUCCCCAUCUGUUACUCUUUUACGUUCCUCUUCAGCAUUUCCCUUAACUCUGUCGUCCUCUACCGUUCCUUCCGCCGGACCAAGCGCUGGAAUGCUUCACUGAUCUACAUGGUCAACCUGGCCUCUACAGACUUCAUGUACGGCCUGUCACUGCCAUUCCUUGUGGCUAGUUAUAUCAUGCGUGACCGCUGGAUCUUCGGGGACUUCAUGUGCCGCCUGGUCCGUUUUCUCUUUUACUUUAACCUCUACUGCUCCAUCUUCUUCCUCACUUGUAUCUCUGUCCACAGGUACCUCGGUAUCUGCCACCCAAUGAAAGUCAUCACACUAGAGACCAAGAAGGCUGUCAAGUGCACUUGUGUCCUGGUUUGGGUUGUAGUGUUUGCUUUGACCUGCCCUAUCUUCCGUUUUGCUCAGACUGGUCAUGUGACAAGAUUGGGAGUGCUUGGUGGCAAUGCAAGCAGUAUUGACAACCGUAGCCAUGAGGUAUCAUUGAUAAAUGGUAAUGCCAGCUAUGGUAACAUGGGAGGGGUUAUUGAGGAGUACCAGAAUUGUUGGGAUGAUGCAAUUGAUAAGGAAUUUCCAGAUUAUGUACCCUAUGGCAUCAUACUCCAUUUGCUGGGCUUUUUUGUCCCUUUUUCCAUAAUUGCUUGGUGUUACUCUCACGUUGUCCUGACCAUAUUUAGAACUCUGCAUUCUCAGCCCUCAUCCUGCAGAGGUCGGAGAGAUGAAGGACAUGAGGAAAUAGAGAGAAGAGAGAGAAGCAGCCCUGCAAUAGUUGCAAGAGGAAGAAGAGGAAGUAAUGGACUGCCAAGGGCACUGGGAAGAAAUGAAGGGAUUUCCAUUUUUCUUGGUGCCCAUUCCCCUUAUGCCAAUCGCAGACGUAAAUCUAUCAAGACCAUCAUCACCAUCACCCUUCUCUUUGCUCUGUGUUUUUUCCCCUUUCAUGUUACUCGAACCAUCUUUCUCCUGCUAAAGGUCACCAAGGGAGUCCCCUGUCACACUAUGACCAUGGUCUCCAUGUGCUAUAAGAUCACAAGGCCUUUAGCAUCGUUCAACGCAUGGCUCAACGCUCUCCUUUACUUCCUGACUAAAGACAAGGGGGGAGCUCACUGCUGCCAGGCGGUAAACACCACCACCCAACAACAUGCUGGGCUUCUAUUGCCACUAAGGAUGAUGGGAAAAGGAGAAGAUGCAGAGGAGGGAGGGCUGGACGACAGAAAUGACAAUAAGGAGAAUAAAGCAUUUCACAGUCUCUCAUACAUGAACAGAGCAAAAGUCAGAUAUAUAGUUGAAUGAAUGGUUUCAUGAGGAAUGAAAGAAGAAUUUUAGAUGCACUGUAGGUUGACCUUUACUGGAAAACAAAGUAUAUGAAAUAUAAUAUAAGUGCUAUAGCAAAAGCAAUGAUUAAAGAAGACCCACCAAGAAUCCUAAUAUGCCUUAUAUUUCUAAUUGUACGUGCCUGAUUGUUGGUCUGCAACAAGUCAUAUUUAGAAAGUAAACCAGUGGGUAAAUGCAACAUGUAUGCAAAUGCGACGCCUCAUUAUGGUGAUAAUGUGUUGUUUUGUUUUACAGGGUGUAUGUUUAUAAUGUGUUGCAGAUGAAGUGUGCUAUAAGGGGAACAUUGAUUUUCUUAUAAGUUGUUUUUACAACUGUCCUCCAACCACAUGUAAAGGUAAACGUGUUUCUACUGGUUGCAAAUGGCUACACUUGAAAAUGCUGUGCUUAUAGAAAGGGACAAGGAGCAAUCGUCAGUCAAAUAGGAAUAUUGGCACAUGCCGUCAGACAAUCUCUCUAUGAAGGCAUUCGUGGUGUGAAAAAAUGAGAGCUUGAAAGAGACAAUGAAAACCUUUCCACACCACGGCAAUUGCUGUUGUGAAGUUAGAAUUUAUUGUUGUAAAGGUGUUUGUUGGGGGUGUGGGGGGUUAGAUGCUGCCAGACAAUCUGACAAGCUGUGUUGGAACAAGAUGUACUAUGUAUGUGAUUUCCUCAAAGAUUUUUCUUUUACUUGAUGGUAUGCCCUGAUGAUGAUGGUAUGGAUAUUUGACACACACAUGAAGUGCAUGUCAGAUCACUGAACAUUGUCUGGAGCCCUCUUCCCUCACAUCUUUCCCCCAUCAGAAUUGGUUUUCUGUGCCAGACGACUCAUUCCAAAAGUGACAAUCCUACAUUCAUGCCUACUUUACAUGGUGAUUGGCCAGGUAUAUGGUUUCUUUUUCUGUGUACAAAUGAGUGCAACACUAUAAAUGCCGUCAAAGAGAGACUGUCUGAAAAGUGUGCAGGAUUGUCCUCAUUUGACGAUUUGUCACACCUUGCCUUUCUCUAUGGUGACAGAUUUACCCCAUUUUCAAGUGUGACCUUUCGGAGUAAAUUUUAACACUUGUGUUUUAAGACAUGUACAGACCACACUUUGUAUGAACUCGUGUUUGAGGCAUAUUGAGCCCUUAUGUCCUUUUUAUCACCACUUCUGCAACAUAGUCCAAAUGCAUAUAUUUUUUGAAUUUAUCAGAUCAUUGAAUUUUUGAUUCAUACAUUCAUUUCUUCCAGACUUGACUGUUUGUUGUAAUUUUCUCCUGUCCAGCCUUUUUCUCAGUCAUCUGUCAAAAGCUUGCAAGUUGAACUGCUGCUAGAAUCCAAACCCUAACCAGAACAUUUGAUCCCAUCACACCAGCCUUGAUCUAUCUUUACUGCCAGGGUCAGAGCAGACAUCCAAAUAUUCACCCUAACUAGCACCUGGCUGCCUCUCAGAUCUCAUUACACCAGAUAAACCUGUAUGUACCCUUUGUUGUCUGGGUUACUUUUCAGAAUGCAUGAAAGGUCAUCCCAGACUUCAGAGCCUUUUCCUUCCACAGUCCACACUUUUAAAUUAGUCUUCCCACCUACAUUAGUGUAGCUUCUUCCUUGAAGACUUUUAACACCGGACUUGAACCCAAAAAGUGUUGACCAACAGUAUCCUCUUUGUAACCCUCAACCUGCACUUAAGCAAUAAUCUACACUGGUUUCAUUGUUUAACUGUUAACAUUCAGUAUGUUUGCAUGACAUGAAAGAAAAUCCAUUUAUUGUGUUAAUCAGGCUAAAACCAGACUUUUAAAAUACGUAUAAACAUGUUACUCCAACUGAAAUCGUACUUACUCGAUAGUCGGACUAACACACCCAGAUAGUGCGAUUGGGAGUUGAAUUACUCUUGCAUGUAUACAGUCAAUCUGACCCAAACUGGCCAAGGCACUCGGCGCAUGCUCCACAGUUUCCGCCCCGGGCUUUGACCUGGAAGUCAAAUAGUACUAAAUGGCAAAAUCUACAUCCAGAAACGUGCAUUUUUGGAACGAAGAGACGCAGCUCAUGCUGUAUCCGCUGAAAGAGUUAAAUAUUUAAUAGCACAAAAUGUACAGAGAUGUAAAAUUGGGCCAUGGUACCAUGGUACCAGUUUGCUGCUAGCUAACCGUAGCUAACUUGUUUGUCGAGUUUUUGGUCUGUGCAUUAUAGGUCAACCACAAAAAGGUCCAAUACUAACAAGCUGAAAGGGGCCAUAUCGCCACCUAUCAUAGCGGAGUCGUACAUAAUUUCGGUCAAUAAAUUGAUUCCCCACCUGCACUUGUAUACUGGGACAAGGACAGCGGCCCAAUUAAAUGGCCAUGCAUGUAAACAUACUGACUGUUAUACAUUGUCAUUAUUUUUGUAGUUAUUGCUGUUUCACUCUCUUAUUCUACAUGCUCUAAUUUUCUCUUCAUUCUUUAUUAAUGCAGUUUACAGUGUUAGUACCUAUUCUAAUACUGUUUUGUUUAUGUAUUUUUUGUACAUACAGUAUGA